AAAAUCUUAGGAGUUUACGAUUCGUAUAGUACUAUAGGGCAAUUAAAGGCAUACGCUAUAUUUAUUUUGAUUUUAGUAUAUGUAUCAGUAGUUAUUAUAACUUAAUACUUAUUACUUACGUAGGUACUAGGUAUAGUUAUUUUUUCACUGCACACAUUAUUUCAGUUGUCAAAAUUUCUCUGUUAUUGUCGUCCAUCGUCAUUCUUUAUGUAUUUUUAUAUGCUGUUGGAUGUAGUGUUAUAGUCUACUGUAAUGCCAGUAGCUAAAUAGCAUCAACGUUUAUUUCUUUAAAAACACAUUAUUUAUUUAAACUAUAGUUGUUGAUCUUAUUUAUUUAAACAAAAUGAGUCUGUGGGCUGAUAAAUACCGACCUAAUUCUUUACAAAAAGUUGAUUACCACCUGGAUCAAGCUCAACAUUUAACUAACCUUGUAAAUCAAGGCGAUUUUCCACAUCUACUAUUCUACGGACCUAAUGGUGCUGGAAAAAAGACUCGUAUUUUAGCAUUGUUACGACAACUGUAUGGCCCUGGUGUCGAAAGGUUACGCACUGAACACAUGAACUUCAUGACUCCUUCAAAUAAGAAAUUUGAGAUAAUGACUGUUGCUAGCAAUUAUCAUAUAGAAGUAAAUGCUAGUGAUGCUGGUAUGUAUGAUCGCAUUGUAGUUAUGGAACUCAUAAAAACUGUUGCUCAAACUCAUCAAUUAGAUUCAACUAAGCAACGGCAUUUUAAAGUUAUCUUAUUAACUGAAGUGGACAGGCUUACUAAAGAAGCUCAGCAAGCCUUGCGACGAACAAUGGAAAAAUAUAUGGCUACUUGUCGUAUUAUUUUGUGUGCCAAUUCCAUUGGUCAAGUGAUUCCAGCCAUACGUAGUAGAUGUUUAGCUGUGCGUGUUCCAGCUCCUACUCAUGAAGAUAUUUGUAAAAUUUUGAAAACGAUUUGCAAAAAAGAAGGAUUAACAUUACCAGAUGAAUUGGCUUUAAUUAUCUCUCAGAAUUGUGAACGUAACUUAAGGCGAGCUAUAUUAAUGUUAGAAGCUAGUAAAGUAAAACAGUAUCCUUUUGAUGUGAAACAAAGUGUUGUUGUACCAGAUUGGCAACUUUAUAUUGGCGAUACUGCCAAACAAAUACUAAGCCAACAAACUCCUGGAAAAUUGCUUGAAGUUCGAUCUAUGCUUUAUGAAUUGAUUGUUCAUGGCAUUCCAACAAACGUGAUUUUUAAAUUUUUACUUAAAGAGUUGGUGAAAAACUGUGACGUUUCGUUGAAACACGAUAUUGUUGAGAUUGCAUCGUUUUAUGAACAUAGUUUAUUAAAAGGCAAUAAAACCAUGUUUCAUUUAGAGGCAUUUGUCGCCAAAUUUAUGUUACUUUAUUCAAAAUUCAUGGAAGAGUCAUUAAAUGGUAUAUUUUAAUUUGUAUUUUACAUUUAACUAGAUUUCUGUUAACCUUAAAUUAUUGUUAAAAUAACAUUGUAUACUUAAUCACUAUUUAAUUUUUAUAAAAUUAAUUAUAAAUUUUAUUUAAAUAUA